UGGUCCAGCAGCGUAACGCCAUUGGGAGGGGGGCAGAUUCUCAUUGGGGGACAGCAGCUUAAUCCGAGAGCUCAACAUUUUAUAAUAUCUACAAUUUAAGCUUUUAUCCAUGGAUUUACGCUGGGGGAGACAAUAAACGCGAAUGUGAAACGAAAUGACAAGAUCUUUCGGAAAUGGAGGAGUCGUCUGAUCCUCAGUAGCAUGAGAAAAAUUUUGUUUUCCAAAAUCUGUAUGACUUCAGUUUAAAUUUUAAGAAACUUCGUGAAGGGAUCCUUUUCCAAAGACUGCCAUUGUGUCACCCUGCAAAACAACACACAGAAUCAGUGUUUCCUGUAAGAACGUUUUUGUUUUCUUACCCUUCACAAAGUCUGUCACAGUGCCCUCUGCUGGGGCCAUGCCCCACCCGCUGAACAAUGACACUUCCUUCAGCUCCAAGCAAGAGCUUCUGGUCCUACAUGACAGUCCAUUGGGACCCAGCCUGGACACACCCAGCCCAGUGGAGUCCCAGGGCUCUGGUCCAAGCAGCCUAUCUGGAGAUGCCCACACUGUGCUCCACAAGACAGGCAAACUGGGGCUUGACCACACUGAGCCACCCACUGGUGUGAAGUUUGUCCCGACGGACUCAGAGAAUCGUUGUGGAUGGGGAGCACUAACCCUACAGUGUAUCCAGACCUUCAACACCCCACGCUGGUUUCUCUUUUUCCUCUGUGUGGCCUCCUUCCUCCAAGGCAUGAUCAUCAACGGCUUUAUCAACACCGUCAUCACUUCCAUUGAGAGACGUUUUGACCUGCGCAGCUACCAGGUCAAUUCUUACAUAUAAUCUUAAGCAAAUUUCAACAUAAAUAUCUAUUUUUCAUGUUUGGUAUC